AUGAAGCAAGACGAGGUUGAAGGAGAUGAUUAUGAUGCUGACAACAUCAAUUCUGAAAAAGAAAACAGAGAAAAAUUGGCAAAGAGUCUGGUGGUCGAAUUGGUUAAGACGGGAGAUCUUUUCCUCAACAAAACAGUUUUGAAAGCGAGGUUUGAGUUAUGCGCAAUGAAGCAUAACUUUCACUACACAGUUACCAACUCCAAUAAAUCAGUUUGGUUCAACGCUGUUAGAGGUAUUCCAGAGGAAAGUUAUGGGAAAAUACCAAAAUACUUGCACAUGCUGCGAGAGGCCAAUCCGGGUACACAUUCCUCCUAUAAGACUGACGUCGAUGGUAGAUUUCGAUAUCUGUUUAUAGCGUUUGGUCAAUCGAUCAGAGGCUUUAGCACAGUCAUGAGGCAUGUCAUUGUUGUCAAUGGAACAUUCUUGAAGAGUAAAUUCAAAGGGGUGCUACUGGUUGCAACUGCUAUCGAUGGAAAUUCAAAUUUAUAUCCUAUUGCAUUCGGGAUAGUCGACUCUGAGAAUGAACAGUCUUGGGAAUGGUUUAUGAGACAAUUAAAAGUUGUUGUUGCUGAUGAUAAUGGUUUGGCUUUUAUUUCGGAUAGACAAGUGUCAAUAGAGAAGACACUGGAGAAAGUGUAUCCGCUAGCGAGACAUGGUAUUUGUAUUCAUUAUUUGUUGAAUAAUGUGAUAUCAUAUUUCAAGGGGAAGGGAUUAGCUGGGUUGUUUUCUAAGGCUUCAAAGGCUUAUAGAGUGGUUGAUUUCAAGAAGACGUUUGCUCAUGUUUGCAAUAUCAGUCCAGCAAUUGGAAAUUAUCUUAUGGAAGCAGAUGUCAAAAAGACAAACAAUCCUGCAGAGUUGAUAAAUUCAGCGUUGCGUUCGCCGAGAGAGUUUUCUGUAAUUCCUUUGUUGGACAGUAUUAGAGAAAUGCAGACACGCUGGUUUUUUAAGCGUAAGAAGUUGAUUUCAAAGCACACCCACCGUUUGACCAUAGAUGUGGAGGAAAAGAUCGAUAGGAGAAUCGAAAAGGGGAAAACUUUCGGAGUUUACCCUGUAACCGAUAGCCAGCUGCUUGUUAAAGGCGAUACAAUUGACUGCUUUGUUAAUUUGGACAAACGGACUUGUUCUUGUGGGAAGUACGACCUCUUGAAAAUCCCUUGUAGACACGCAAUAAAAGCCAGUUUCUUUGUUGGUAGAGAACCAUAUACAUUGACUGAUUUUUUGUAUAUCACGGGAGCUUGGAGAGAAGCUUAUCAAGACAACAUAAAUCCCAUUUCAGUUCCUGAAGAUGGUUGGUCCGUCCCACAAGUUGUGGAAAAUUCUGAAGUGCUACCGCCUGAGACAAGAAGAUCUCUUGGAAGAAAUAGAAAACGGAGAUAUGAAAUUGUUGAAGACAAAAUCCGAUCAUCACAAGGAUCACAGGGGGGUCAGUUUCGCAAGUGCAGUAGAUGUGGUCUUGGUGGUCAUAAUAGAGCAACUUGCAAGAUGCCAAUAUAG